AUGUCCAUGGAUCCAAGGAAAUCAAACAAGAUCAGAGAAAUCGUUAGGCUUCAACAGAUCCUCAAGAAAUGGAGAAGGAUAGCAAGCAAUAACAACAACAACAACAACCACGACGACCACCGGAGCACCACCGCCAACACCGGCACUACUACGAGCAAAAGUAUAAAGUUUCUAAAGAGAACGCUUUCGCUAUCGGAACGUGACGUGGCGCAGACGGCCAAUAACAACACGGUGGUUCCGAAAGGUUACUUAGCCAUUUGUGUUGGUGAAGAGCUUAAACGGUUCGUAAUUCCAACCGUUUAUUUGGGGCACCAAGCCUUCCAGAUUCUUCUGAGAGAAGCAGAGGAAGAAUUCGGGUUCCAACAAACCGGUGUUCUUAGGAUCCCUUGUGAAGUCUCGGUUUUUGAGACUAUAUUGAAAAUGGUUGAAGGAAAGAAUAAUGGUAGAAAUAAUAAUCAGAAGGAAAAGGUUUCAACUACUACUGCAAAUCAAGAGUGCAGGCUUAAUGCUGAAGAGAUUAUGAGCUGUUGUUCUUCUUCCUCUGAUAAUCAACUUGCUUAUUCUCACCAUCCUCAAAGUCCUUUGUGCAGAUAGGAAUAAGGGACAAAACAGGAAUUUUGCAUAUUUCUUUUUUUUCUAAUUUGAUCCUUUAUGGAGGCCAUUAAUCCUAUGUAUUAUGAGAAUGAGUUUCAAUUAGAUGUAAAAGAAAUUACUAAAGUGAUUGGAAAUUAUGAAAACAAUGAAGUAAAAACU